GUUUGUCCAUUUCUUCGGUGUAAACACGCCCUUCAUGGCCAACAUCAAGAUGUCAUGUGAAUGCACUGUGUGCCCAGCAUGGACACAGUCAUCUUUCACAGUCAACUUAUAAACAUGAGCUGGGCCCCAUUUCAUGGCAUCCUGUGUACUUCUCAACUUUGCUGGGUCACCGCUCAGCAGAAGCAGCGCCAUACCACCCAUAGUCAUCAGCCUGGCAUGUCUUGAGUUCUUCAUCCAAAGGAUCUGGGCACAAGUGGGUGGUCCUCCUGUGCUGUGCUCCUCUCUGUCUGCCUGGCCAAGCCCAGUGGUUCCUCAAGGACAAUGUGUGACUCUUCCGUGUCACUCUCAUUGCAGGUUUGGCAUGUUCAGACUGUACAAGGUCACUGGUGCCCUCAUUCCUGAACUCCACAGCAUAAUGUUGCAGGACAGCUUCCUCACUGGCCCUGUAACCCCAGCACAUGCAGGAACUUACAGAUGUCGUGGAUCCUACCUUGGCUCCUCCUCUGUGUGGUCACCACCCAGUGACCCCCUGUUGAUUGUGGUCACAGGGGUCUACAGAAAACCUUCCCUCUCAGCUCAGCCAGGUCCCCUGGUGAAAUCAGAAGGGAACAUGACCUUGCAUUGUCGCUCAGAGAUCCAGUUUGAAAGCUUCGUUCUUCACAGUGAGGAGCUAUCCAAGGCCCCUUGGCACCUUCCUGGGCAGCCCCAUCGUGAGGGUUCCCAUGCUAACUUCAUCAUGGGUCCUGUGACAGCUGCCCAUGCAGGGACCUACAGGUGCUUCGGUUUUCUGAAUCACUCCUUCUAUGAGUGGUCUACCCCCAGCGACCUCCUGGACAUCAUGAUCACAGGUCUACAUAAGAAACUUUCUCUCUGGGCCCAGCUGGGUGCCGUGCUGAGUUCAGGAGAGAACAUGACCCUGUCCUGCUGCUCAGAGAGCAACUUGGACGUGUACCAUCUACCCAGGGACGGGCAGCUCCGUGGGCACCAGCUGGCUGAGGGGCAGAGGCACGAUGGUGCAUCCUGGGCCCACUUCCUUCUGGGUCCCACAAAACCAGCCCUGGGUGGGACCUACAUAUGCCAUGGCUCUUUCAACUCCUCUCCCUGUGAAUGGUCAGGCCCAAGUGACCCACUGUACUUUUCUGUCACAGGAAACCUGUCAAGUAGUUGCCUUCCAUACAGAGAACCAAACUCCAAAACUGGUAACCCCAGACACUUACAUGUUCUGGCUGGCCCUUUAGUGGCCAUCGUCUUCCUCACCAUCCUUCUUUUUUUCCUCACUCAUCGCUGGUGCCAUGCCACAAAGAAUGCUGCUAUAAUGAACAGAGAGCCUGAGGUGGACAGAAUGGUGAGUAGGGAGGAUCCUCCAGCAGAAGACGCACAGGAGGUGACAUACACAGAGUUGGGUCAUUGCAUUUUCACACAGCAAAAAACCACCCCCACCUCCCAGGGGCCCAAGGAACACUCGAGUGAUGCCAGUGUAUACAUGGAAUUUGUAAGGCCAAUCAAGGCUUGAAUCCUAUGCAUGAGCACACCCAGAAAGACCCUGAGGAGGCUUUAGACCCAUGGACGCCAUAGCUCUUUCUGAAACCUCACUUGACAACUCUGUCCUAACAACAAAUUAUGUCUUCAGAUUCAUCUCACCCUAAGAAGAGAUAAAAACCUCAGGACCCCCUAGAAAACAUUCGUAGGAUCGUUGUCCUUGUUAUUCUCAUCUCUACCAUCUAUUCCCUAAGUUUUCUGCCCUGCUCUGUGCUAUGGUUGUGCUAUGGUAAAGGGUAGGAGCUGAUCCCUAUUGAUUUUGACUUUGGCUUCCUUGCUGUCUGGCUCCAUUGGACCCUGUCAAUAGAGACCUCCCUGUAAUUAUGCUGAGUCAAUUUCUUACUUAGUGCUAUCUUUAACUGCUACCAUUUAUAUAACUCCACCUUAAAGUGAAUUAUCUACAUACUGCCAAAAUCAAGAAUUAUGAUAUUAAGAAUUCUCCAAGACCAUUUGCCUGUGACAGGACCAAAUAUCUUACCCAUGAAUUAAGACACGAUGUAUAGUGUGAAGUAAUGUGUCCCCAGGCUAAGAUUGUAAAUAAUUUUGUUCUUCAUUGUUUACAGGGUAAACAACUGUAUUGCUCUCACAGGCUAAAAUGUGAAACACACUAGGGGGUCAGAGAUGUGUUGUUGUUUUUUUUAAUGUUGAUGGUCUUUUCUCAUUACAGAAAAGACAUUCAUUCUUUCUAUAAAAGUUGGAAAAUAGAUACAGAAAAAAGAAAAAUCACCAAUAAAUUUAUCAUCAGAUAAUCAUUUUAAACACUUGUUGCUUUAAUUUUGGCUUAAAGUACUCAUGUGUGUGGUUCGACAGAAUUUUACGCAUUUGCACCUUUGUAACCACCACCUAUGCCAAAAUGUAGAAUAUUCUUAACACCCCAGAAAACUUUCUUGGCCCUUUUUGUGGGUAAGUUCUGACUUCCGUUACUAUGCUACUAUAAACAAAUAAACAAAGCUACCAUCUAUCUACUAUUAAUCAUCUUUCUUCCUGGCUAUUACUGAAUUUCACCUACAUGGAACCAUAUACUAUGUAUUUUUGUGACUGGCACCUUUUGUUCAACAUUAUAUGUUUGAUAUUUCAUCACAUCUUUGCAUGUGAAAAAUUAUUUUCCAUCCUGUGUAAGAAUCCAUUGUGUGACUAUGUCACAAUUAUGUAUCUAGUUGUGGUGAGUGUCCCAAACUCUGAUGCCUUAAUUUCUUGCACUCUUAUGUCCUUCCAGAACCAUCCAGAUAGAUCUACCCAAUCUUACUGGAAUCCAGGAAGCCAUGCUGGGGCAGGUCCAGGCAUCCUCAAGUGAGAGAUAUUGGAAGCUCUGGUGGCCAGAGAGCACCUGGCUGGUGUCCCCAGCAUGGAGUCUGGCUCUUGCCCAUCACCUUUGCAGCUAACUCCUUCAGGGCACAUAGGGAGUACCACGCACCCCAUGUCUCAAUUUAGUAUAGACGAUUGCCCCCAAGGCUCAAUCAAGGAAAUCCAGUAGCAGGAUGUGGAUCUAUCAGGAUAAUUCUGGAAAAAACAAAAUAGUGCAAGAAAUUAAGACAUCAGAGUUUGGGAGACUCAGCAAUAUUUUGGAUGCAGAACUAGCA